AUGGCAGAGUUGCUCGACAAAUGCAUAGGGUCGAAAGUCUGGCUUCUCAUGAAGGACGACAAGGAGUACGUCGGUUCUCUGGUCGGCUUCGAUGACUAUGUCAACAUGGUUCUCGAAAAUGUCACCGAAUAUGACUACGCCCUUGGUAAGACUAAGAUGAAGAAGCUGCUGCUCAAUGGAUCUGGCGUGGCGGUGAUUGUACCCGGUGGAGACGGGCCAGACUACGCUACAUUCGAGGUCGUCAACCGGCAGGAGCCUGUUGAGGAUCAUGAGUGGCGCUGA